UUGACGGAUAGAUAUGGCAAUGGUAACGUGGAGAAACGGCGAGGAAGAUGUCGCCCGCGACUCUCAAGACGGAAUCUCUUUCCCGGUCUCUCAAGGCGAACCGUUAUCCCUCUCUACCGACCUAACGGGACACCUCAAUCCCACAUCCUCUCUGGAUAUCCCCUCAACACGUCAGACACCCCAAGGCGCUCAUUCAAGCAAUACAUCUCAAUCUAUCACUAGCCAAACGUCGACUAACUCCAUGGACAAACAACAGCCUCAGCAGAUCGAGUGUGUGGUGUGCGGGGAUAAAUCCAGCGGGAAGCACUAUGGUCAGUUCACAUGUGAGGGGUGUAAGAGCUUCUUCAAACGGAGCGUCAGACGGAACCUCGGCUACACCUGCCGCGCUAGCAGGAACUGUCCCAUUGAUCAACACCACAGGAAUCAAUGCCAGUACUGCCGCCUCAAGAAAUGUGUCAAAGUGGGAAUGCGGAGAGAAGGUAAACAAGCUUCGGUUCAGAGAGGGAGGAUGCUGCCUACUCAACCGUACCACGGUCAGUUCUCCAUAACCAACGGAGACCCUCUCCAAUGCCACUCCUACCUUUCUGGAUACAUCUCCCUGCUCAUGCGAGCCGAGCCCUACCCCACAUCCAGAUACAGCACGCAGUGUAUGCAGUCCAACAACCUCGUGGGGAUCGAGAACAUCUGUGAGCUGGCCGCCCGGAUGCUGUUCUCGGCGGUGGAGUGGGCCCGAAACAUCCCCUUCUUCCCCGACCUCCAGAUCACCGACCAGGUUGCCCUGCUCCGGCUCACUUGGAGCGAGUUGUUCGUGCUGAACGCGGCCCAGUGCUCAAUGCCGGUGCAUGUGGCUCCUCUCCUGGCCGCGGCAGGGCUGCAUGCCGCCCCCAUGUCGGCGGAGAGAGUCGUGUCUUUCAUGGACCAUAUCCGGAUCUUCCAGGAGCAGGUGGAGAAGCUGAAGGUUCUGCAUGUUGACUCAGCCGAGUACAGCUGCAUUAAGGCUAUAGUUCUCUUUACCUCAGAUGCGUGCGGUCUGUCAGACGUGACUCACGUGGACGAUCUUCAGGAGAAGUCCCAGUGUGCCCUGGAAGAGUACAUCAGGAGCCAGUACCCUAACCAACCGAACCGGUUUGGGAAGCUACUACUCCGUUUGCCCUCUCUACGCACCGUCUCCUCGUCCGUUAUAGAACAGUUAUUCUUCAUCCGGUUGGUCGGAAAAACACCAAUAGAAACUCUCAUUAGGGAUAUGUUGCUUUCCGGAAGCAGUUUUAAUUGGCCUUACAUGUCGAUGCAGUAG